CUACGCCGGUAGACUUGCCCAAAUCUGUCUCUCUCUCAUCUCACCUUCUCUCACAUCUCAUUCUUUGGCAUUAAAAAGAGAAGAAGCUGUGCUAAAGGCCGGGCACUACUCACAAAACACAAAGAGGCGAGGGAAGAGUAUAUAUAUUUAAACAGAUAUAAAUAUACACAUACGGGGGCAGGGCCAUGGAAGAAGAGAAGGUGUGGGAAAACAUGAAGUUUAUAGGCAUCAGUUUGGCUUUGUGUGUGUUGGUGGUUAGGGGCAUAAAUUGGCUGUGGUGGAGGCCAAGGAAGAUGGAAGAGCACUUCGCCAAACAGGGAAUAAGAGGCCCUCCCUAUCGCUUCCUCAUCGGCAAUGCCAAGGAGAUUGUGAGCCUCAUGGUCAAAGCUUCUUCUCACCAUAUGACAAACUGCCACAACAUUCUCCCCAGAGUCCUCCCCUUCUACCACCACUGGAAGAAAAUCUAUGGUAAUGGAACCAUCUAACUACCUAGCUCACAGCUACAUCUUAAUUUAUGUUCAAUGUAGUUCUUUAAUACUGAUUUCUUCAUUUUUUUUAUUUGGAAAAAAAAAAAACUGGUUUAAUUUGCAUCAUGGCUGGGAUUGGAGGGACAAAGCUAGGUUGUGAAAUAACAUUGUUGGUCUGGUCUUGUCACAAAAACCAAUCAAAGAUGGAUAUAUGUUUGUUUUGGAUGGGGUGCGUUUGGAGUUUUCUUAGUAAACAAUAGCAUCAUUACUCGUCUUGUCACCUGUCAUCUUUUAUCUAGACAAAACUAACAAGUUUGAUCCAUCGGGCCUCAAAGGUUUGGCCUUUUUGUGUUAGCACUUUUUGAUUUUUUGUUUUCUUGGAUUUUGGGAUUGGAAAUGGGGGAGAAUCUCUUGGAUGAUGCUUAGCCACUUUAUGUACGACGUAGCAUCUUCUUUAUGCUUGAAGAUUCUCUUCUUACAAUUAAAAGUUCGUCCAUUUCCCCAACGCCUUCUUUCACCAGCACUUCAGUACGUCUGUAUCUAUCCCAGGCCAGGCCAGGCCAGCUUUUCUCUUUAAUGGAAUGGAAAGGAAAAGAAAAGAAAGUGUCUUAAAUUGGCCUGGGGUAGGCUUUGGUAUUAAAGCGGUCUGAGAACAUGGCGACAACAUUUGUUUGUGGUCCUGAAACUGUAACAAUGGUAGUUUCUGAGGGGGAUCGUUUUUUUUUAUCUUUGUGAUCUGAUUGUGUGUUGGGUAGGGGCAUAGUUAACUUUCCUUGUGUUUGACACCCAGCCCCACAACUGCAGGCAAGGGUCCUACGCUAUCCAUCAUUCUCUUCCUUCGAUCUCCUAAUUAAAUUAAAUUACAGAAUCCGUAUCUUUGGCAAACUUGGAUAACGAUAAAAAUAGGUGGACCGAAUUAUACAUAAAAAGGGUCAUCGAUCAUAUCGGUGAACUGAAAUCAAUCAAGUAUUAAUUACUUAUGUGUUAAAAUGAAAAAUGUAUGACGUACAGGUGCGACGUUUCUGGUGUGGUUCGGACCGACGGCGCGUUUGGCUGUAGCCGAUCCAGACCUGAUAAGAGAGAUAUUCACAUCGAAAGCGGAAUUUUACGAGAAAAAUCAAGCGCACCCUUUGAUCAGACAACUUGAAGGAGAUGGGCUUCUGAGCCUGAAAGGUGAAAAAUGGGCACAUCACCGCAAAAUCAUUACCCCCACUUUCCACAUGGAAAACCUCAAACUGCUAAUACCGGUGGCAGCCAGUAAAGUGAUUGAAAUGUUGGAGAAAUGGGAGGGCAUGUCAUGUGGGAGCGGAGACGUGGAAAUUGAAGUGUCAGAAUGGUUCGAAAUCUUGACCGAAGACAUUGUGGCACAAACUGCCUUCGGCCAUAGCUACCACGAUGGCAAAGCCAUUUUUCGGCUUCAAGCUCAACAAAUGCUUCUCGCCAACGAGGCCUUCCAAAAGAUUUUCAUCCCUGGCUAUAGAUUUCUGCCCACAAGAAGGAACAUAAGAUCUUGGAAAUUGGAGAAGGAGAUAAAGAGAUCAUUAAUGAAGGUUAUUGAAGAACGGAGAGGGGAGUCGGGAAAUGAGGUGCUUGAGAAUGGGCCCAAGGAUCUACUGAGCCUGAUGAUCCAAGCCAGCGUGAGAGAGGCCGCGGCGGCUGCGAGCCACGCCCCGGCGGCGUCGAUGAUCACGGCCAACGACAUCGCGGAGGAAUGCAAGACGUUUUUCUUCGCGGGAGAGCAGACCACGUCCAACCUGCUGACGUGGACGACCGUCUUGCUGGCUAUGCACCCACAUUGGCAAGACCAAGCACGUGAGGAGGUGUUCAAGGUGUGCGGGCCACGUGACAUACCAUCCAAAGAUGAUAUCGUCAAGCUUAAGACGUUAAGCAUGAUCUUGAAUGAGUCGUUGCGGCUGUACCCUCCGAUCGUGGCGACAAUCAGACGGGCAAAAGGUGACGUGGAGCUGGGAGGAUGCAAGAUCCCGUGCGGGACAGAGGUGCUGAUCCCAAUCCUGGCGGUGCAUCACGAGCAGAGCAUAUGGGGAAGCGACGCGAACGAGUUCAAGCCGAGCCGGUUCUCGGAGGGGGUGGCGCGAGCGGCGAAGCACCCGGCGGCCUACAUCCCGUUCGGGGUGGGAGUUCGGCAGUGCAUCGGGCAGAACCUGGCGGUGCUCCAGACCAAACUCACGCUGGCCAUCAUGCUCCACCGCUUCUCCUUCCGCUUGUCCCCGCGCUAUAGACAUGCUCCCACCGUGUUGAUGCUUCUGCACCCCCAGUUUGGCGCUCCCAUCAUUUUUACACGUUUACCGCCCCUUCAACAACCCACACAUCAUUAACACCCGGCCCGGCCGGAUCCAUUUUCCGCAUCCAGGUAAUUAAUUAGCCUAUCCAAGCUAGCUAGGAUCUUUUUUCCUUUUCCUUGCUUCGAUCUAUAGUUCUAUUUAUUUGGUGAUCCGAUCUACUAAUUCCCCAUCCCAUCCGGCCCCCUGUGUAUGUAAAGCUAGCUAGCCUAGAUAUGUGCAGUAAAUUAUGAAGUAUAUUAAUUGUAACCCGGCCCAGUUUUGCUAUAUUCAUCCACCAGAUGACUUUCUUUUACCUACUUACUCAUCCAUUCAUUCCUCGACUCAUGUAACUCCAUCACAUUAUAUUAUUAUUAUUAUUAUUAUUAUUAUUAUUAUUAUUAUUAUUAUUAGUAGCAGCAGCACCAGCAGCAGCUAGCUAGCAGGUAGGUAUAUAUAUAGGUCAAUUCAAUUCAUGGUCAUGGACAUGGAUUUUACAAUUUCAAGACAUUUGUGUUAGUUUCUACGUACUCAUGCAAUCCAGAGUUACGUUAUGUGCAUAAUUAAAUUUCAUCUUAUUUAAUUUUCAUAACAUUAUUCUUAUAAGUACGCGUGUCUUCUUGUUUUCCAGUUAAUUGUUAUAUAUGAUGGAUUCCAGCUUAGCUUUUCAAUGGAUAAUUUUGACUAAAGCAUUGACAAAAUGCUGAAAUAAUACCAUCAUUGCUUCGUUCCUAAAAUAAAACUCAUGGACUCCUAAUCCGUGAAGUUUAAUAGGAUCAAUUAUGCACUUCAAUGAACUUUAAUUUUAGUCCUAUUUAUAGUCAUAACUAUAAUUUCUAUGGACUCUCAUCAAAACUCCUCCACUUCUUUGGCAUUCCUGGUCAAAUGUUUUGUUUUCUUAACUCAUAAUAGUCGAUAAAAAAAUAAAUUGUUCAAAAUAGAGGUAAAACAUGACUAAAGUUUAAUGUUAGAACUAAAUAUGUUGUACGCUGCUGUUAGUUAUCCAUAUGUAAUCUAAUUUAUGGGUAGACUUUGGUUAGGUCCUCCUAUAUCUUUGGUUUCUUGCCUCUACCUCAAAAAACCUUAAGUGAUUCUUUGGACUACCACCGGGUUCAAAUAAUAUAAAAAAGAACUAAAUAUGUUGUAUUUGCAAAAUGUGUUAUCCAUUCUUGAUCACAUAAAUUAAUAGAAUAAAACAAUCAAAACUUCCCAAAAUAGGGGUGUGUCAGUGUG